AUGAGAAGAACACAGAAGGCACUAAUGGAAGGAGGACAUCUUCGAUUGCACAAAUUUGCGUCCAACUCAAAGUCUGUUCUCCAGCAGUUUGACAGUGAAGACCUAGCCAAAGAUCUCAAACACCUUGAUUUUGGAUGUGACACGCUUCCAGUUCAGCGAAGCUUAGGAGUCUCCUGGGAUAUAGAAACAGACUCUAUAAUUUUUCAAGUCUCGGGAAACCUGAAACCCUUUACUCGCAGAGGGGUUCUAUCGACAAUCAACAGUCUUUUUGACCCUAUAGGUUUCACAGCUCCCGUCACCUUGCAAGGGAAACUGUUACUGAGGGAGAUUAUGUCAACAGUGAAACAGGUGGGCUGGGAUGAGCCACUUCAACACAAUUUCCUUAUCCGAUGGGAAAAUUGGGUUAACUCACUACAGCCUUUAGGGGAUGUUAAGAUUCCACGCAUGUAUGGCAGAUCCUCCCUGACCUCAGCAGAUAACUUCAGUGUCCAUAUUUUCUGUGACGCCUCCAAAGAAGCCAUCGCAGCAGUAGCUUACCUCAAAUUGGUCUCAGGGAAUACGACCGAUGUUGGUUUUUUGGUUGGAAAAGCGAAAGUGGCGCCGACGCACGGACAUACUAUUCCCCGGUUGGAGUUAUGUGCUGGAGUUCUUGCUGUUGAGCUGGCAGAAACUGUAGCAGAAGAAUUGGUCAUAGAUAAAAGUGCAAUUCGCUUUUAUUCUGACAGUAAAGUAGUUCUAGGGUAUAUCUCAGCCGAGACGAGACGAUUCCAUGUUUAUGUCUGCAAUCGUGUCAGUCGUAUUAGGUCAGUCUGCAGUCCGAAACAAUGGGCCUAUAUCGCCACUGAAUCCAAUCCAGCUGACAUUGCUACAAGAAGUUUCAAAACUGAAGAGCUCCCUCAGAGUGAAUGGCUCAGAGGACCUGAAUUUCUGUUUGACAAAUUUGUUAGUGUGGAAGAGAGCUUCCCCCUACUUAAUGCUGAGGAUGACAUUGAAAUUAAGAAAGAAGUUGUGAGCAUGAAAACUAAAACAGAGACUAUUACAAAUUCUACGCAAAAGAUUUCAACCUGGAGUGAAAGAUGCGCUAGAUUCUCAUCUUGGUAUAGUCUGAGUAGAGCAAUUGCCAAUUUGAAGAAGCUUGCUAUGAACUUUAUGCGAGAUAAACAGAAAUCUCACUUACCUGUUGAGCUGUUUGUCAUAAGGCAGAUCCAACAUGAAGUGUAUGCAGAAGAAGUACAAGCAAUUACAAAGGGGAGUAAACCACCUAGCCACAGCACUCUUCUACCACUGAACCCAGUUUUGGAUCCUGACGGAAUCCUUAGAGUUGGGGGUCGAUUGAAACACAGUCCAACUGGCAGGUUCACAACUAAGGACCAGUGCCCCAUCAUAAUUCCGAAGGGCCAUCACAUUGCGGUGCUUCUUAUACGUCACUUUCACACGAGCAUACACCACCAAGGACGUCAUCUCACUGAGUCGGCUAUCCGUGCAGCUGGCUUUUGGAUUAUUGGUGGGAAACGUCAAAUCAUUUCUAUCAUCAGGAGUUGUGUCAUCUGCAAGAAACUUCGAGGCAGCUUCGGCUGGACAAAAAUGGCAGAUCUUCCUAGAGACCGACUAGAGACUGGCCCCCCAUUCACCUUUGUGGGGAUUGGUGUAUUUGGACCGUGGCCUAUUGUAUUCAGAAAAACAAGAGGCAUGCAGAGAAUCCAAAACCGCUGGGCCAUAUUGUUCACGUGCAUGGUGUCUCGAGCUGUCCAUGUGGAGCUUAUUGAAGAAUUGAGCAGUGCGUCCUUCAUCAAUGCCCUGCGCAGGUUCACAGCUAUUUGGGGACCAGUACAGCAAUUCAGGUCAGACAGGGGAACCAAUUUUGUGGGAGGAACCAAGGAACUGAACUUAGACGUCCACUUUAUUGAGAAGGGUCCAGUAGCUAACUAUUUGCAAAGCAAUAAGAUUUCCUGGAUCUUCAACCCUCCCCACGCAUCACAUUUUGGUGGUGUGUGGGAAAGAAUGAUUGGUUGCUGUAGGAGAAUUUUGGACGCCUUAUUAUUGGAGAACAAACAUGAUUUGACACACGAAGUACUCUCAACUUUCAUGCUUGAAGUAUGUGCCAUUCUAAAUGCUCGACCACUUGUACCCGUUUCGUCUGAUCCGGAAAAACCUGAAGUACUAGCACCUUGUCAGCUGCUUACACAAAAGAAUCCUCUACAUGACUUUGCACUGCCAAACUGUAACUUGAAGGAUGCUAUCAAGAGCCAGUGGAAGAGGGUGCAGUACAUGGCGGACAUCUUCUGGACACGAUGGCAUUCGGAAUAUUUACACCUACUCCAAACGCGACCAAAGUGGGGAUCGACCGGAAUCCAUUUCAACAAGGGUGACAUAGUUCUUCUUAAAGACAAUGAAGCACACAGAAAUCAUUGGCCAAUGGCAGUGGUUGAAGAUGCGUACGAGAGCGAGGACGGUUUGGUCCGUAAAGUCAAAGUCAGAGUUGCUCAAGGAGACAAGCGUACAACCUAUGUCCGUCCAAUCACUCAACUCGUAAAGUUGUUGGAGGUUGAAUGA